AUGGUUGCCCAGAACUUUGUAGUUGAUUUGAAUAAGGCCCUUGUUUUCCAGGUUGGUCAUCUUGGUGAAGCUUAUGAAGAGUGGGUUCAUCAGCCCAUUGUUAGCAAGGAAGGGCCCCGUUUCUUUCAAAAUGAGGUUCUAGAGUUCUUGACCCUCACAGUCUGGUGGGCAAUACCAGUCAUUUGGCUUCCGGUUGUAUGUUGGUUUGUAUAUAACUCUGUACAAAUGGGCCUCAGCUGUCCUCAUAUAGCUCUGAUGGUGGUUCUUGGCAUUUUUAUAUGGACAUUGCUCGAGUACACAUUGCACCGUUUUCUUUUCCACAUUAAAACAAAGACCUACUGGGGAAAUACCAUGCAUUAUCUUCUACAUGGCUGCCACCACAAACACCCCAUGGAUGGUUUGAGACUUGUUUUCCCCCCUGCUGCAACAGCUAUAUUGUUGUUCCCGUUCUGGAACACGGUGAAGCUCUUUUCCACCCCUUCAACUGCUCCUGCUUUAUUUGGAGGCGGCUUAUUGGGUUAUGUAAUAUAUGAUUGCACCCAUUAUUACUUGCAUCAUGGUCAGCCAAGGACUGAAGUUCCCCGUAAUCUCAAGAAGUACCACUUGAACCACCACUUUCGAAUCCAGGAUAAAGGCUUUGGGAUCACUUCAAAACUAUGGGAUAAAGUUUUUGGAACACUUCCUUCAUCAAAAGCGGAUGCCAAAAGUAUGUAA